AAGGGAUUCCUCUAUCGUGUGGACUUAAAAAUUUCUGAGACGAGCUUAUACGCCAAUGCCUCACCUUCUUCCCCAAACACACUCCCAUCAAUAAGCAACCUAAAUUCCACAGUUCUCAUUCUCAUCUCAACCUCCAGAAACUGAAGAUAUAACAAACCCUAAUUUAUGAAUAACCAGAAAAAGAUGGCAGUAGGUGGAAACCCCAAUAACCAUAACAAUAACCAUAAAGGGUCAUCAUCAACAUCUUCAUCCCAAUUCCAGAAGUCCUCUUUCCGGAAAUCAAGAUGGGAUAAUAAUCACGAUAAUUUUCAAUCUGAUCAUAAACCUAAUUCUUCGUCUAAAGAUUCUAAACCUUCUUACCCUAAAAAAGAUGAGUCAACAACAACCACAAAAUUAAGUUCAUCAUCCAAACCUCAACCUGAUCAAGCUUAUACCCCUUCAGGUGGGUCUGGAAUGUUUAAUGGUGGUGGUGGUUCUCCAUUUACAGAUCCUGUUAAUUUUGGUCCACCACCGCCGCCUCCCGCUUAUGGUUUUCACAUGUUGGAGAGACGAACAAUUGUAAUGGCUGAUGGAAAUGUAAGAACAUAUUUCGCUCUUCCACCAGAUUAUCAAGAUUUUCCAGGAGGACGUCAUAUGGAUGAGAGGUAUUAUCCUUUCGGACCAGGUGGUGGUGGUCGUGAGCCUGAAUUUGGGUUUGAUAAGCAUUUUCCUCGUGAUGGAUUUCAUCGUGAACACGGUGGUGAUAUGUAUGGGCGUAAUGGGCAGGGUGAUUAUUGGAAUUCCGUAGGGUUGGAUGGACGUGGUUCAUUGCUGCCACCUGAAGGUGGUUCCUUGAAGAGGAAAUAUGGAGACGGAGACGAACGAGACCCAAGAGAUCUAAGAGACCCAAGGGAUGCAUUUUCUAGGCAAAGACAGCAGCUUUUACAGUAUGGAAAUCCUAAUGGGUUUCCUUUGGGACAUGCUGACAGAGGUGGUGGUGAUUAUUUAGCUGGAACAAGUAGUCCAUUUGGUAGGGAUCCAAUGUUGUCCGGUAGAGGAAUGGAUGAUCAUAGGUCUCAAAAGCAUUUGAGAGUUGGAGGAGAUUAUGGUAGUUCCCAUUCUCGGCAUGUUGGACAUGGGAAUGAUUCGAAUUCUAAGUUUUCUGAUGUUGAUACACAUGCAUUGAAGAAAUCGUUUCUCCACUAUGUGCAAUUACUAAAUGAAAAUCCUGCUCAAAGGAAGGAAUUUUUGGAGGAUGGAAAGCAUGGGCGUUUGAAAUGCCUCGCGUGUGGCAGGGCUUCUAAAGAAUUUUCGGAUAUGCAUGGUCUAAUUAUGCACACAUACAACUCAGUUGACUUGCGAGUAGAUCAUCUGGGCCUACACAAGGCUUUGUGUGUUUUAAUGGGUUGGAAUUAUGCAAAAGCUCCUGAAAACUCCAAGAGUUACCAGUCAUUAUCUGCGGAUGAAGCAGCAGCAAGGAGGGAUGAUCUUAUAAUGUGGCCACCUUUGGUGAUCAUUCAUAACACAAAUUCAGGCCGGGGUAAAGAUGGCCACAUGGAGGGUAUGGGAAACAAAACGAUGGAUAAUAAACUUACAGAUCUCGGUUUUAUCGGUGGCAAGGCAAAGUCCUUGUUUGGUAAGGAUGGUCAUUUGGGCAUUACGUUGGUGAAAUUUGGAGCUGAUCAACCAGCCUUGAAGGAGGCCAUGCGCCUGGCAGAAUACUUUGAGAAGGAUAAUCAUGGGCGUGGUGGCUGGGCCCGUGCUCAAUCUCUACAGUCAGGUAGGAAUGAUGAAAAUAACCCUAACUUGGUCAGGGUGGAUCCGAAGACAGGCGAGAAAACUAGAAUCCUAUUUGGGUAUUUGGGAACUGCAUCAGAUCUUGACAAAGUUGAUUAUGAUACGAGGAAGAAGACCGUGAUAGAGAGCAGAAGAGAAUACAGGCUUUAGAACUAGUUGUCAGAUCAUAUAAGGUACUAGUGUGCCUCUUAUAAGCUAUAAGUUUAUGGUUAGGAUUAAACUCUUCUGUUUGCUCCUUUUCUUUUCUAUUAGUAUCGGAAAGGAGGUUCAGAAUAUGUUUACUGCAUUCAAUUAAUUCAGAAGCUCAAUAUGCUUGAUGACUGUUUUCUGGCA